AUGACAGAACCGAGAAAUAGACAUCAAGAAAACGAGGAGAAACCAUCAACUUCGGGCAUAAAAACUCUAUCAUUUGCUGAGAAAGACCCGUCCUGGUGGAAUAUAUCAACUUUUUCGCGGGAGGAUAAUCCGAACGGUGUUGUCUGCGAAUCGUCGUUUGCGCAGCUUUUCCCAAAAUAUCGAGAAAAAUAUUUAAGAGAAUGUUGGGAACUGGUACAAAAAAUAUUGGGAGAACAUUUCCUGAAGGCUGAUCUGGAUGUUUUGGAAGGUACAAUGACAGUGAAGACCACAAGGAAGACCUGGGAUCCGUUCAUAAUUUUAAAAGCUCGGGAUAUGUUGAAAUUAUUAGCUAGAAGUGUUCCUUACGAACAGGCAACUCGUGUCUUGCAAGAUGGUGUUGCUUGUGAUAUAAUUAAAACAAGCUCUAUGGUUGCAAGUAGAGAAAAAUUUGUGAAGCGCAGAGCCAGGUUGGUUGGAAACGAAGGAGCUACUUUGAAAGCCAUUGAGCUUCUUACUGGCUGUUAUGUUAUGAUACAAGGCGGCACUGUGGCAGCCGUGGGACCAUAUGAAGGUUUAAAGGAUGUCCGAAUGAUUGUUGAAGACUGUAUGCGCAAUAUUCAUCCUAUUUAUAAUAUCAAAACUCUUAUGAUAAAGAGAGAAUUAAUGAAGGAUGAAAAACUGAAAAACGAGGAUUGGGGACGGUUUUUACCAAAAUUUAGGAAGAAGGUCCAGUCAUCACGAGUCACAAAUGAAGCAAAAAAGAAGAAAGCAGCUCGUUGGAAACUAAAGGGAGAGUACACGCCGUUUCCACCCCUACCAGCAAUGAGCAAGAUUGACAAACAGCUAGAAACGGGGGAGUUCUUCAUGAACGAACGGAUGAAGAAAUUAGAGAAACGCAAGACAAGACGUGAGCAACAGGUAGAGAAGACUUUGGAGAGGCAGAAGGAGCGUAGUUCUGUAUUUGUAGCCCCAGAAGAGAAGCCUCGGUGCAAAAAGAGCGAAAAGGGUGAAGAUGAACCGUUGGACAUUGAAAAUCUGAAGAAAAAGGCAGUGGAUUACGAAGAGAUAUAA